AUGUCAGCGGCAAGAAGAUCGCCAGAGCCUCUACUGUCCUUCUCCAGCGCCGAACUUCGCUCAGCAGAGUCUACCAUCGUUUUCGACCCGAAGCCUUUGCCCGCUGACCCUGACGCGCCUAGAAAACGUUGGUACCAUUAUGUACCAGUCUGUGUGACCGUGUUCUUAAUAUUAGUGUUCCAUCCAUCUUUGCUUUAUGUUCUCGUCGACUUCCACCUACAAACUAUGCAUCAGCCUGUCAUAUUUAUGAUCCACCUAUUGGUUACUUAUACCCUUACGUUCAUGGCCUUAUCAUCCCUCAUUGUAUGUGUUGCUCGCGAUCCCGGCCCUGCCAAUGCCCCGCCGUCACGUUUGGAGGGAGCAAGCGGAGAAGGAGAAGAGAUAGGACUUACGGAGGCCCUAAUGCCUGAUCAUGACUUCUCCUCGCCGGCAAGAUGGUGUCGCAAAUGUUGGGCUCCUAAAGGAGAGCGAACUCACCAUUGCUCAAUAUGCGGCCGAUGCGUGCUGAAAAUGGACCACCACUGUCCUUGGAUUGGUGCGAAGUGCAUUGGCCAUCGCACCUACCCAGCUUUUGUCCAUUUUCUGUGUUCUGUUUCUUUUCUAUCGCUAUACGUAGCGACGCUCUCUAUUCACGCUCUGUGGUAUGCAUUUAACAACCCAUUCGCUGUUCACGAAUUCACUCCUGUCCAUGAACUUGUACUCGCCUUUGCCGGCGUUGCAUUCACUCUUAUCAUUGGAUCUUUCGCUGCUUAUCACAUCUAUCUUUCGAUCACUAAUCAGACCACAAUCGAGAACAUAACACCGUUCAUGCUCCUUCGUCACCUUCCACCCUUGCCUCGCAGUGGUCAUUCUCUUUCUGAUCCACCAUUGGAACCCGAGUUAUCAUUUAAACAGAGAAGGCUAGUCCGAACAGCGCAUGGACGGAUACUCGUCUACGAUGUCGGAUGGAGGAAAAACCUCUCCCAGGUCUUCGGUUGGACAGGAAAAUAUGGCUUGCUCUAUCGACUUUGGUGUGGGGGCGCGUCUCCAGGAGACGGGAAAAACUUCCCGCGGAAUCCACGGGCGGAAGAGAUGUUGGCAAAACUAGCGAAAGCACUCGUAGAUGCCGAUGCCAACCAAUGA